ACGAACGUCCAAGCAAUCACCUCUUCGGAGGAAAUAUGAUGGAAACAUCCCCAAGUAAGCCAUGGAAUCAUAAAUCACUUGGUCGUUGGCCAGACCAUUAUUGGUCGGUCUUGUCAUCGUAAAAAAGUAAAAAAAAAAUAGAAAUGUGGUCCACGUUCAGAAAACAUGACAACUCGAAGAAACGUGUCGAUUUGGAAACGUUGGCCGAAGUACCGGGACGACUUCCUUUCAAUUUGUUCCACCGACCGAAAGAGAUCAUUGGUCCGGCGAAAGAGAACCGCAGCAACUCAUCGGGAAAGAUUUCCAGUGCUGGGAAUAAUCGUUCCUGUCGGAACCGGCCCAAGGUUAACCUGUUUCCGCAGAUAUCGUUGACCGAUUUAAGCGAUAAGGACUUGAACCAAGUGGUAGAUUAUAUGUACUCUUCGGAUUGGAAGGAGGCUUCGGCUUACUGCGCUCGAGCUAGUUGCACAAAUCUAGGCGAAAUGCAUCAAACGAUAACGAUGAUUGAUGGAACUGACAUUAAGGAUACGUUAUCGGAUCGGUUCAGAAGACGUUCCGACAAAGUUCCGUACUUCGAUCUGCCCAGCUCGGAUGUGGAUUUACAAAAGUGGUACAAAUCUGUAGUGUAGUGGAAAAUUGUUUUGUCUGAAUAUAGUUUAAAUGUGGCACAAUGUCACAAUAAAUCCUA